AUGGAGUUCGGAAACACGGGAACUUUAAACGAAGAUGGCAUACACGUAGAUAUGGAACGCCUAAAAAAGGGUGAAGUGAAGUUGACAAAACCUAGAAUGGCAGUAAAUUUUAAAGAUGGAGUCAUAUUAGGCGCGGAUAGCAGGACCACUACUGGAUCAUACAUCGCAAAUCGUGUUACCGACAAGCUCACGCAGGUACAUGACACCAUUUGGUGCUGUAGGUCCGGUUCAGCUGCAGACACUCAAGCGCUUGCAGAUAUUGUGCAUUAUCAACUUGGAAUGUAUAGCGUCCAGAAUGGCCGACAGCCAACAACCCAAACAGCAGCUGCCAUGUUUCAAGAACUUUGCUACCAAAAUAAAGACCAAUUAAGUGCUGGCUUGAUCAUUGCUGGUUGGGAUGAGCGACACGGCGGUCAGGUAUACUCUAUACCUCUUGGUGGAUCUUUACACAAACAACCAUACGCAAUCGGUGGCUCGGGCUCAACUUACAUCUAUGGAUUCUGUGAUUCAAAUUGGAGAGAAGGUAUGGACGAAAAAGCUGCUGUAAAUUUUGUCAAAGCCGCUCUGCAGGAGGCUAUUAAAUGGGACGGGAGUUCCGGUGGCGUGAUUCGGAUGGUGGUUCUCACGGCAAAAGGAGCAGAUAGGCAUCUAUAUCUGCCAGAUACAGACUAUUCAGUUCGUCAUUUGUAA